GGCGAUAUACACUUUACAGACGUAACCCGUCAAUAAUAAUGAAAAGAAGAAGAAGAAGAAGCUUUGGAGGCACGGGUAAUAAUUUCACAUUUUCCUGUGUGUGGGUUAUGGUCGUAGUAAACCUGUGUUGGUGUCGAGGAGCUGCUCUUUUUCAAAAAUGGCAGUGACUCUACAUACAGACUUGGGGGAUUUAAAGAUCGAAUUGUUUUGUGAACGUGCCCCGAAGGCAUGCGAGAAUUUCUUGGCUUUAUCUGCUGGUGGAUUCUACGAUGGAUGCAUUUUUCACCGAAACAUCAAAGGCUUCAUGGUACAGACUGGGGACCCCACAGGAACUGGAAAGGGUGGAACAAGUAUUUGGGGGCGAAAAUUUGAAGAUGAGUUCAGCGAACACCUGAAACAUAAUGUCCGUGGUGUGGUCGCCAUGGCAAACAAUGGUCCAAACACAAAUGCAUCACAGUUCUACUUCAUCUAUGCCAAGCAGCCGCACUUGGACAUGAAGUACACCGUCUUUGGAAAGAUUAUUGAUGGUUUGGAAACUCUUGACGAAUUGGAGAAACUUCCAAUCAAUGAGAAGACUUUUCGACCGUUGAAUGAUGUCCGUAUAAAGGAUGUGAUUCUCCAUGCAAACCCAUUUGCUGGUUAAUGACCUCUUUCCCAAACCUGGAGAUAAUUGUCUUUUUAUUUUGUUUUAUAUAAAUACAUUUUGCUUGUCUUUGUGAAAAUAAUAAAAAAAUACCUGAUCAUUUUACUA